AUGAAUGACACCCCUUUGAGAAAGUCAUCGUUCAAGGAAAUUGACCCCAAGGUCUUCUACGACAGCAACCCCUUUGUGAAACUCGUGCAUAACCAACGUAUCGUCGAAGUUCCAGAAUUGACACUAGAGUCUGGAGUUACUUUACAGAAUUUCCCAAUCGCCUACAAGACAUGGGGUGAGCUGAAUGAGCGUGGUGACAACGUUCUGGUCGUGUGUCAUGCUUUGACAGGAUCGUCCGACGUGGCGGACUGGUGGGCUCCACUUUUGGGAGUCGACAAGGCUUUUGAUCCUUCCAGGUUUUUGGUGGUUUGCCUGAAUUCGAUGGGUUCGCCGUACGGCUCAUUCUCUCCUUUGAACAUUAAUCCUGCGACAAACGAAUCCUACGGCCCUGAAUUCCCCCUCUGCACUGUACGGGACGACGUGCGGGCUCACAAGCUGGUCUUGGAGUCCCUAGGGGUGAGUUCCAUAGCAUGUGUGAUUGGUGGCUCCAUGGGUGGUAUGCUUGCCCUAGAAUGGGCAGCUAGUUUCGGUAAGGAUUAUGUGCGUAAUAUUGUAGCGCUUGCUACUAGUGCAAGACAUUCAGCAUGGUGUAUAUCUUGGUCUGAGGCGCAAAGACAAUCCAUUUACUCGGACCCCAAGUACCUGGACGGCUAUUAUUCACUCGAGGAACCACCUACUGUGGGACUAGCAGCUGCCAGAAUGUCUGCAUUGCUGACUUAUCGUUCUAGAAAUAGCUUUGAAAGCAAAUUUGCUCGUCGUCUUCCCAGCACUGUCCACCAGAAGAAAUCCAAUAGGAAAGACAUGCCCAAGAGUUCCAAUUUGCACCAACAUAAUUUAUCCAUUCACAACGAUGGCCAUGUCCGGACAAUUGUUAAAGAGCGUACGCCAAGCACGUCCACUAUCAGCGUUUCAAGUGACACUUCUUCUGCAGACUCCCUCAAGUCAGCUUCAUCUGUCACGUUAUCCACUCUAUCUUCUGCUGGGCCAGCAAAAGGUGCCAGCAAUCUGAAGCCCGCACAGACGUAUUUUUCUGCUCAGAGUUAUUUGAGGUAUCAAGGUGAGAAGUUCGUAAACCGUUUUGACGCUAACUGCUACAUUUCUAUCACGAGAAAAAUGGAUACUCACGAUCUUGCCCGAGACCGGAUUGAAGGCGAGGAGGAAGUGGAAGAAGUUUUGAGAGCUCUGGAGCAACCAUCUUUAAUCAUAGGUAUCAAAUCCGAUGGACUUUUCACUUAUUCAGAACAAGAGUUUUUAGCGGCAAACAUACCUGAUUCGCAACUGGAAAACAUAGACUCUCCUGAGGGCCAUGAUGCUUUUCUUUUAGAAUUUCACUUCAUUAACGAUCUCAUUAAAAAAUUCUUAAUGAAAAAUGCUAAAGAGCUGAUGGAGGCACCGCCGCGGCGUCUUUGGCAAGAUUACGGGAAAGGCGAAGCUAUGACAAAUUCACUCUUCGGAGAAGCCGAAGAAGUGACCAACUGGUGA